UAAAUACAACGUGUAAAAAUACAUACGUGCAACCUCUUAUAAAUUGUUGGUAGUAGUUGAGCUUGAAGAACGUACAGGCAAAAUCACUGUCAUUCCUCAUUAAUACUACAUCCUUCUUUCGCAGCUGACGUCAGACUUUACAUGUUGUCUUUCUGCUUGUGAAAAAAGUGACGUCUUGCUUGCGGAGUUUGUAGUGUACAGUACUUAAUAAAUGUGCCUCGAAUGUCUUUACUGUGAUUUCCUUUAGAACGUGUUUCACGUAUAUCUAUUAUAUUAGGGAUGUUUUGGCACAAUAAUUACGUACCGUCAGUCCAAAUCGACUCACUACUCAAUGAAGAAGAUGUAACAUUGAGUAAAAUAAUGGAUGCUGAAGACAUUUUACAGGAGUGUAAAAGUCAAAACAAAAAGUUAAUUGAUUUUUUAACAAGACCAGAUAUUUUGGAAGAGUUAGUGAAUUUAAUCACGGAAGAACCAUCCAAAGAUUUAGAUGAACUAUAUCGUUAUAAGUACUCAAAUAUUGCUUGUGAAUUACUUACAUGUGAUGUACCAAUACUCACUGAAAAGCUAGCUGCUAAUGAAAUGUUGUUAUCCAAACUGUAUUCUUUUAUUGAUAAAAAAGAGCCAUUGAAUCCAUUAUUGGCAUCAUUUUUUAAUAAAACUCUUCAUGCCCUAUUAAGACGAGCCUCUGAUCAGAACUGGUUUUCGCAUCAGUUUGUAUGCUUGCAAGUAAUAGAAUCACUUAAAAGUCGCAAGAAUUGCAUUGAUUUAUUACUGCAACAUAUUGAAACAUCAGCAAUAAUGGAUCUUAUAUUAAUAUUACUGACUAAAAUCGAAGGAGAUGAAAUGCGUCAAAACAUACAAACUUGGUUAGAUGAUCAACAGUUGGUUCAAAGAGUAGUACAAUUAUUAUCACCAUCUCUAGAUUCUGAGAAGCACACUAAUGCCUCACAAUUACUUUGUGAUAUUAUUAAAUCACCACGCAUGGAGCCCGAUAAACGGCCUGACCCUAUUUUACAGACUUUGCAAUCGGAAGAAACAAUUAAAUUGAUAUUAGAUACAAUACUAACAGGCGAAAAAGUGGAAAGUAGCAUUGUUGGUGGUAUAAGAGUAUUAAUAAACCUAUUAGGCCAAAAAGAAAAUAAAACAACAGAAAGCAGCGAAAUUUGCGGAGCUCCAUUUAGUAAUGUAGUAGAAAAUGAGCUGCGUGAUAAAUUUGCAUUGAUAAUUAUACCUUACUUAGAUAAGCUUAAUCAAUUAUUGAUUAACCCACCAGAAAAACCAUCAGUUAAAACCACUGCUGGAUUUUUAGAAAAACCAUUUGGUCGCACACGUUUAUAUAUGUUAAAGCUAUUAGUGAGCCUUAUUUCGACAAAUAAUAUUAGUGUUUUUGAAAAGUUUGCUGAGCUUAAUACUUUUAACAUUUUAUUGGACUUAUUCUUCCAGUUUGCAUGGAAUAAUUUCUUGCAUACGCAAGUACAACAAUGUUUAUCAUUAGCCAUAAACUGUGAUUGUCCAGAAAAAAGUAAAAUUGUCUUUUCUCAUAUAUUUGUUGGCAGUAAAUUAAUUGAAAGGAUUUUAGAAGCUUGGGAAUAUAAUGAUAAUAAUUCACUUAAUCAACAGAAUAGUAUAAGACAAGGAUACAUGGGUCACGUAAUUAUAAUCGCAAAUGAAAUUGUUACACGUUGUACAGAAAUUAAUGAAUUAUCAGAUUUUUUGAAAACAAAUUUACCUGAAGAAACAUCAGAAAAAUGGAAAAGCUUCAUAUCAACUAAAUUAGAUGAAAUCAAUAGAAAACAACAGCUUAUUUUGGGAGAGCCUCCUGAAGGUUACACAAUGUCUUCUAGUGGCAAUUCUAAUGAAUAUGCUUCAUUCUCACAAGAUGCUUAUGGGCAAGAAUUAUUUAGCAACUAUCAGGAACAGUCAUCAGGACCAUCAAUCUAUGCAGACGAAGAAUACAAAUUUAGAAUGAAAAAGUUUAAUGAUGGCGAUGAUACUUUUCACAAUUCUGUUGAUAAUUUAAGUCAAACGUUUGAUUCAAUGGAUGACGACUAUGAAAAAAGACAAGAAAUCUUUAAUAAAUUAUGUGAUGAAAAGAAAUUCGAUUAUGCUAAAGGAGACGAGUCAUGGGAACAUAGUGACGAUUUUCCUAUGCAAAAAUCUGACUGGUUGAGUAAAAAGAAGCAUAAUAGUUCUAGUUCUUCAGAUGAAGACGACGAAGAUGAUAUUGGAGAUCAAAUAGAGGCAGAUGUAACAGAUCCUUGGAAUUCUAUGCAUCCUUUGUCUAAUUUUGCUGCUCAAGGUGCAACAACAAUUAAUUUAUGGAACACAGAAGCGCCAAAACCUGUAGAACAAACAGGUUGGGCUAAUUUUGAAAGUGCAUUUAGCACAGAUAAUCCAUUUCAAGAAGAACCUCGCAGCGAUGCAAAAGCUGAACUGCCGAAAGUGCCAAUCAAUAAUGAAAAUACAUCAUUGCCAGAAAGUGAACCUGGCGGUGAUAUCAGUAAUAGCGAAAAUGUACAGUUUAAUAGUGAAAAAGAAAAUGUCAAUAUGAUCAAUGAUUCUGAAUCAAAGACUGAAGAAAUAAACGUAUCUAGUAUAUCUCAUUCGGAAUGUAUAGAAAGCUCUGUAAAUAUACCUGACAGUAAUGCAAAUUUAACUGUUAUAGAGAAAAAAUCAUCUGAAUCCAAAGAUAUUAGUAAGAAUUUAGAGGAUAUCUCCUCAAAUAUAUCAGAAGCUUCUUCAGAGAACUUAACAAAUGUUCAAACUGUUACCAGUGCCACAGAUAAUACAAAUGUAUCUCCAAUAGCGACGUCUAUUCCUGAGCCGUCAAAAUAAAAUGUAAAACAUCAAGUGUCAAAUAGCAAUAGAGAUACAUCAUAUCAGAAUGACCUUACUAUUUUCCAAGAAUACUUUACAUUUGUACAUUCAUUACAUUGGCCUUACACCUCUAAAGUGAGAGGAUUAUUGAUAUUUUUAAACUUGAUACAAUUACAUUGAGUUGGCGUGUACUCAAUGGAAACUGAUGUAUUUCAUGACUCACUUUUACCUUUUGGCAAUGUUCUCUAGUACAAAUUUUUUUUUCAAUGAAUAAUUGUUAAAAGUUCUUAAAUUUUAACUUUAUCGUAAUAUUACUCUAUGCGGAUACUCUUUGUAAACAAAAAGAUGUCUGAACCGGUUUUUAUAACAUUAUUUGUUUUCCAUGAAAGUAAAUAUUUUUAUUUUUAAUAGAAAGCUUGAAAUUUUAAUUUGAAUUUUAUUGAAAUCGAUUAAGCAGAAGUUUAUACAUUAAAACUUUCAAUAAGCAGUUUAUUUAAAUAUUGUGAAUUUUGUAUUUUGAAAUGUGAACUUGGUUGAAAGACGCGUCAUACCUAAAUAAUUGAUUAAAUACAUACUUUUAGUUCAAGAGCAAUUGUUAAAAUGUUGUCAUCAGUAAGAAAACGUAUGUUUAUAAAACUCUAGUAUUUUCACCCUUCAAACAUUAUAAAAUUUUUUUACUACAUACCAUAUGAGAAAAUCUAUUUUGUUAUGCUUAAUAAUAGCAAAACAUUAGUAUUUACAAUGCGUGAAUAUUAUCAGAAAAAUAAACAGUGGAACGCUCUGAAAAAUUUGUAAAAGAUGUUUAAGGAAACGAUGUCUUUUUGUAGAAAAAAAGAUGUAUGUAUUAUAUUAUUUAACAUGUUUUAUGCGUGUUAAUAAAAAUAGUUAAAGUACAAGAA